AUGGCGCUGAACGUGACUUUCAGCCUUCGGUCUAAGCGCGUAAGGGUCCAGUCUGACACGCCGAUGUUUCAAGUAUUAGCAGAAGCACGCGAUCAAUUCGGCCUCAGCGACUCGCGUCAAUACCAGUUGCUGCAUCGCGGUAGUCCCAUAGACCUGUCAAUCCCCUUUGGCCUUACGGGUAUUUCAAAUAAUGCCUCAUUGGAGAUCAAAGAGCCCGAAGGAAUGGACAAGUUCGAGGAAGUGCGAGUGUGCGUUCAGUUAUGCGACGGCAAGCGAGUCCAGGCAACUUUUGGAAGCAACUCAACUAUGGAGCACAUCUUAACUUAUUUAAAGCUGUUGCCAGCCUUGAAACAGUUUCCUCUUGGGUUUCUUCGGCGCAAAAUUGAGCCCCACGCUUUGGCGACGACUACUUUGAAUGCAUUUUUGCCUGCUACAGAUUUGGGUAUAAUCAGAGGUUCAGCUAUGUUCCGCAUUCUGGCUGCUGAUGAACAUUCUAGUCCCGCGUCACCAAGAAGCCAAGGCUUUUCGGUUGCAAAAGAAAUACCAAAGCAGUCUCUCGAUUCUUCUAAAAGAAUGUCAUCGAUGGCCCCGUCCAUAUCUACUGCUUUUCAACACGAGCCGCUGAGCCGAUACGUGGCACCACAUACUGAGUCACAGGAAUCUAUUGAUAUCGGUGACUCAAGCGUUAUGGCUUCUCUCGGUAGUAGCCGCGAUGCACUGCAGCUGUUGCGUAACAGCAGCUUUGAUGCAGUGUCGCGCAUCGCUAUCACUACACUGAUGAAAGUGAUCACGAACGUAUUGUCAGAUCCAGAAAACGAUAAAGUGCGGUCAAUUUCGCUGUCAAAUUCGGUAUUUAAUCGCUCAGUGGGACAAGUCAAAGGGGGACUUGAGUUUCUUAAGUCUAUUGGAUUUACGAAUAUUCCAGAGACUCAAAUGCUUGUUCUUCCUAGCUCUAUUGACAAACGCUUGCUCGAGGAAGGUCUCCGCCUACUAAAUAUCGAAGCAGAUGAUUUAAACAUCUCGCUCGAAGCUCGUCCAGCUGUCCGCGAACGAAAAGAUGACUCGGAUUUUGACAUAUUUAAGGCACAUAUAACUCGCGUGCAGAUGCAACCUCGAGGACCAAGUACAACCGAGUUUUUAGUCGAAUCCUUAAAGAAUACGCAACAUCGACUUGUCGGAAACGAAAAGCCUCUGCGAAACACGAUUAUUACAGUCAAAGGAAGACGAGCUUGUAAUUUGCGUGACCCUUCGACUGCUUCGAUAGAAGACGAGCAUGCUGAGCAAAAUGACGCGAAUUUGUUAAUGCUGAGUUUCAAAGCUCGACGGAAGGAGAUGGAAACGAAGAAGAACUUUCGUACUAAAGCGAUGCGGCAACUUGAGGAACUGAGGCGCAAAAAAGUUUUUCAAAGUGCUUUGAUCCGAGUUCAAUUUUCUGAUGGUGCUGUAUUGCAGGCAUCCUUUCAACCGAGUGAAACAAUCAAAGAUGUUAUGGAACAUGUGACUGAAUGCUUAGCAGAGCAGUAUAGUGCGAGCAAGUUCUAUCUCUAUGUUUCGCCCCCAACUCAGAAACUGAAUAACUCUAAAACCCUGACUGAGUUAAACCUUGUACCUGCUGCUUUGAUUUAUCUGUCGUGGCUGGAAGUGCCUCAAGCUGAGACGGCAAGCAUUGGUUUUUAUCUACGCAAUGACCUGUGGGUGGAUGAGCAAGCCGAGACUAAAGACAACGUCACUUUGUUGCAAAUAGAGGCAUUUCCGCAGCCUCUACAAUAUGACCAAUCCUCAAACUCAAAAUCACAAGUUGAGCCGACUCAACGGUCGCCUUUGAAUGUACAAGCCAAAGCUGUCAAGAAACCAUCUUGGCUUAAGCUCUAA